CCCGGCGUCAACUCUACAGUGGCGGAGUUGGGAUCCUUAAAACCUGGUCACAUCAUCCUGUUGAUUAAUCAUACGAGCUAGAUCACCAAGCAAGCUUAGCUCCAAUGGCAGAAACCGAACCAAUUCAGCUCGUGUGCUACAGUUUAUGUUUCAUCCUCGUGGCCACCAUACUCGUGAAGCUGAAGCUGAGAUCGUCAUCGAGCUCUGCCCUCCGCGGCCUGAACCUGCCUCCAGGCCCAUGGUCGAUGCCGGUGCUGGGCCACAUGCAAUUCCUCAUCGGCGCCCUGCCGCACCGGGCCCUUCGAGGCCUGGCCCGGCGGCACGGCCCGGUCAUGCUCCUCCGGCUGGGCCACGUCCCGACGCUGGUGCUCUCCUCGGCCGAGGCGGCGAGGGCGGCGCUGAAGGCACCCCAUGACGCCGCCUUCGCAGGCCGGCCCAUGCACGCCACGGCGAGCAUCAUCACCUACGGCGGCGAGAACAUCGCCUUCGCGCGCCACGACAGCCGGCACUGGAAGGCGCUCCGGACGCUCUGCACAGUGGAGCUGCUGAGCCCCGGGCGCGUCCGCUCCUUCCGCCCCGUCCGGGAUCAAGAGGCGGCGCGGCUCGUGUACUCCGUUCUCGCCGCCGGCGCCGGCGGGUCAGCGGUCAACGUGAGCGAGAAGGUUAAGGUGAUGAUGAACGACGUGAUCAUGAGGGUAUCCGUGGGCGACACGUGCCGGCAGCGGGCGGCGUACCUGGAGGAGCUGGACAGGAUGCUGGACCUCAUGUCCGGGUUUAACCUCACGGACCUGUUCCCGGCGUCGAGGCUCGCGAGGGUGCUCGGCGGCGGGUCGCUGAAGGCGGCGUGGGCGGUGCAGCGGAGGAUGCACGGAAUCAUGGAGGACAUGAUCCGUGACCACAAGAGGGCCAUGGACACCGAGCUACAAGAACCAGAGGCCACCGGCCAUGAUGCGGAUGAGCGGGAGGACAUCCUCACCACCUUGUUGCGGUUCCAGAGGGAUGGCGGGAUUGGCGACAUCGCCCUCACCAACGAAAAUGUCUCCGGCGUCCUUUCCGAUGUAUUCUCGGCGGGGUCAGAGACCACGGCGACGACGGUGAUCUGGGCCAUGUCGGAGCUGAUGAGGAGCCCACGCACAAUGGCCGCCGCACAGUCCGAAGUCCGGCGAGCCCUCCAUGGCAAGACUGCAGUAACGGAGGCCGACAUCGACUCUGGCCGCCUCCUCUACCUCGAAAUGGUCAUCAAGGAGACCUUCAGGCUGCAUCCUCCAUUGCCGUUGCUCCUUCCCAAGCUGUGCACCGAGCCAAGCAAGGUCAUGGGCUACGAUGUGCCCGCCGGCACCACCGUGUUCGUGAACGUGUGGGCCAUCGGCAGGGACGAGGAUAGCUGGACGACGGACGCGGGCGAGUUCAAGCCGGAGAGGUUCGAGAGUGAGGCAGUGGACUACGGUGGUACGGAUUUCAGGUUUCUCCCCGGAGGAGCCGGACGAAGGAUGUGCCCGGGGAUGAUAUUUGGGAUGUCCAAUAUAAUGAUAGCUCUUGCGAGCCUUCUUUACCAUUUUGAUUGGAAGCUCCCCGGAGGCAAGAGCCCCAAGAAGCUUGAUAUGGCCGAAACAUACGGGAUCACUGCACGUCGGAAGACUGACCUCAUGUUGGAAGCUACUCCUUUUGUGCCUUGAUUUGUUGAUCCACCGGGCCCACUCGUCUCUACUGGAUCUCAUCCCAAGGCACCCCCUUCAUUUAGGGCUAAGAAGACGGGAAAGCACAUUCCUCUCUAUGAGAACAAUGUGUUUCCUCCGAUCUAUGAAGUGGGAGAGAGUGGAUCCGAUGAUUGUCGUUUCGAUAAGAAGACUUUUGCAUUUGAGAUUUGGACUUUUUUUGUAACUCGAAUAAUGAAAUGGUCAAAUAAGAGGUGUCAAGCUUAUUAUUUUGGCAUCGA